CAAAGGGCUCAGGCCUUGUCCUGCCCCAGGCCGGGAUCCCCCAGCGCCAAACGCGGGCCCAGGGAGGAGGAGGAGGAGGCUGUGAGGAAGAGGAGCCCGGCCCGGGAGCCCCAGGCAGAGCAGGAGCUGAGCAUGGAGAGCAGCGAGGAGCCGGUGGCCGAGGCCGUUUUGAGCGGCUCCAGGGCGCAGGGAGAAGCCAGCGGGGAGGAGAAGCCGCGGAGAUGCCUGAGCAGGAGGGGCUGCAAACGCAGAGCGCGGGGAUCCGAGGGGCAAAGAGCCGGCCUGGGCCAGGGAGGGGCUCAGAGCCCCGAGCUGGGGCUCCGGGAGCAGCUCCAGGAGGGGCAGGAGAAGCCCCACGAGCGCUCGGAGUGCGGGAAGAGCUUCAGCAGGAGCUCCGAGCUGGGUGCCCACCAGAGGAACCACACUUGGGAACAGCCGAGCUCUGAGGGGGAAAAGCCUCCCCUGGGUGGGGAAGGGGCUCAGAACUUGGAGCUGGGGGUCCAAGAGCAGCUCCAGGAUGGGCAGGAGAAGCCCCACACGUGCUUGGAAUGUGGGAAGAGCUUCAGGUGGAGAUCCUGCCUGAUUAUCCACCAGAGAAUCCACACCGGGGGACAGCUGGGAUCUGAGGGAGAAAAACCCACCCUGGACCAGCGUCAGAGAUCCGAGCUGGGGCUCCAUGAGCAGCUUCAAGAUGGGCAGAAGAAGCCCCACGAGUUCUCGGAAUGGGAGAAGAGCUUCGUGCUGGGUUCCCACCUGAUUGUCCACCAGAAGAGCCACAUGGAGCAAGAGCUGGGAUCUGAGGGGGAAAAACCAACCCCGCAUCAGGAAGGGGCUCAGAGCUCGGAGCUGGGGCUCCGUGAGCAGCUCCAGGAUGGGCAGGAGGAGAAGCCCCACAAGUGCUCGGAGUGUGGGAAGAGCUUCAGGUGGAGAUCCAACCUGAUCAAGCACUGCAGAAUCCACACUGGGCAACAGCUGAGACCUGAGGGGGAAAAUCCCACCUUGGACCAGGGUCAGAGCUCAGAGCUGGGGCUCCGUGAGCAGCUCCAGGAUGGGGAGAAGAGGCCCCACAAGUGCUCGGAGUGCGGGAAGAGCUUCACCAAGAGAUCCAACCUGAUCAGGCACUGCAGAAUCCACACUGUGCAACAGCUGGGGUCUGAGGGGAGAAAACCCACCCUGGGUCAGAGCUCCAAGCUGGGGCUCCGUGAGCAGCUCCAGGAUGGGGAGGAGAAGAAGCCCCACAAGUGCUCGGAAUGUGGGAAGAGCUUCAGGAGGAGAGCCAACCUCAUGGAGCACAGCAGGGUCCACACCGGAGAGAAACCCUACAAGUGUGGGGAGUGUGGGCAGAGCUUCAGCUGGAGCUCCCAGCUGCUUCUCCACCAGAGGAGGAUCCACACCGGGGAGAGGCCCUACGAGUGCCAGCACUGCGGGAAGAGCUUCACCUGCAAGUCCCACCUGAGCAGCCACCUGAGGACUCACACCGGGGAGAAGCCCUACGAGUGCGAGCAGUGCCACAAGAAGUUCCAGAGCAGCUCCUCCCUCGUCGUCCACCGGCGCUCGCACACGGGCGAGAGGCCCUUCCCGUGCCCCGAGUGCGGGAUGAGCUUCAAGGAGAACUCGGCCCUGGUCAGGCACCGCCGCACCCACUCCGGGGAGAGGCCCUACGAGUGCGGGCAGUGUAAAAAUUCCUUCCCGACCAGCUCCCUGCUGGCCGAGCACCAGCGCAUCCACACCGGGGAGAAGCCGUUUGGCUGCCCCGACUGCGGCAGGGGCUUCAGGCAAAAGUCCAGCCUGGUCAAGCACCGGCGCAUCCACACCGGGGAGAGGCCGUACGUGUGCGGGCGCUGCGGCAAGAGCUUCACGCAGAGCUCCAACCUGUUUGCCCACCAGAGGAGCCACGCGGAGCGGCCCUACGAGUGCGAGUACUGCUGGAGGAGCUUCUCGCAGAGCUCCAGCCUGAUCGUGCACCAGAAGUGCCACACCGAGGUGAGGCCCUACGAGUGCAGGAAGUGCGGGAAGAGCUUCACCACCAGGUCCUGCCUGCUCACCCACCAGAUGAUCCACACCGGGGAGCGGCCCUACGAGUGCGGGCAGUGCGGGAAGGGCUUCAUGUCCAAGUCCCACCUGAUUUACCACCAGAGGGGCCACAGCGGGGAGAAGCCCUACGAGUGCGAGCAGUGCAAGAAGAGGUUCCUGACCAGCUCCCAUCUCCUCAGCCACCAGCUGAUGCACACCGAGGAGAGGCCGUUCUGCUGCCCCGAUUGCGGCAAGGGAUUCAGGCAAAAGUCCAAGCUGGUCAUGCACCGGUGCGGCCACACCGGGGAGAAGCCAUUCCAGUGUCCCCAGUGUGGGAAGGGCUUCACCACGAGCUACAGCAUGACCAGACACCUGGAGAGCCAGCACUGAGGUGGGAAGAGCUCCGUGGGCUGCUCCAGCUCCAUCCCACACGGGAGGAUCUGCUCUGGAUGGGGCCCAGUGGGCCCAGGUGGGCAGAGCCACCUUGAUCCGUGUUUGGAGGACACCUGGCUGAGGGCUCCUCAUCCUCCUGCCCAGGUGGGCAGAGCCACCUUGAUCCGUGUUUGGAGGACACCUGGCUGAGGGCUCCUCAUCCUCCUGCCCAGGUGGGCAGAGCCACCUUGAUCCAUGUUUGGGGAACACCUGGCUGAGGGCUCCACGUCCUCCCGGAUUUGUCACCUUCUGACCCUGAAAAAUCUCAAUUUUUCCAUCUUUUGGUGGUCUUCAGCAACACUAGAGAGCCUUGGUGGUCUCCACCAUCAAUCCAUCCCCCAUGGGAAGAUCUGCU